GUGUGUGUGUGUGUGUGUGUGUGUGUGUGUGAGUGUGUGUGUGUGUGCGCGCGCGCGCGCGCUUCAACUGGAAGGACCCUCAGCCACUGUUUAAAGAAAAGAGAACGGAAAUAAAGAGGAAGAAACAAACAGAGGGGCAACAUGAAGACAAGCGAGAGGGAGCCGGAGAGCUGACGCGCGCCUCAUAUUCUUCUUCUGCCCAAUGAUUUAUUUAUCGGUGUGUGCCGUGUGGAGGAUGAUAAAAGUGCAGGCGAAAUACUUCCUUCGGGACAGGCGAGCGGCAGAUGUUGUGUUUGUGUUUACAGGUGUGUGUGUGGAGGAUUAAAGAGUGAAGUGCGGCGAGGCGCGCCGUUACACGCUGCUGCGCUGCAGAAACUUGCGGAGCGCUGCUGCCCUCUUUGCUGCCACUUGUUCCGCACACACUCCUCCGCCGCUCGCUCGGACUGGCGGUGGCAGCGCCUUCCCGCCCGGAGAAGAUGGCAACUUUGACCACGGGCCAGGUGGACGGCACCGGACCGGGCGCCGGAGCGGCCAACGGGCUCCUCAAUGGAGUUGUAGGCCAUACUAGCCAAAGUCCCCCGAGCUGCGCCACCAUCCCCAUGAAGGACCACGACGCCGUGAAACUCUUCGUCGGACAGAUUCCGCGCAAUCUGGACGAGAGGGACUUGCGACCCCUCUUCGAGGAAUUCGGCAAGAUCUACGAGCUCACGGUGCUGAAGGACCGCUUCACAGGCAUGCACAAAGGUUGUGCCUUCCUCACCUACUGUGCCAGAGAGUCAGCGCUGAAAGCUCAAACAGCCCUGCACGAGCAGAAGACUUUACCAGGGAUGAACAGACCAAUCCAGGUUAAACCAGCAGACAGUGAGACCAGAGGAGAAGACAGGAAACUUUUUGUGGGCAUGCUCAACAAGCAGCAGUCGGAAGCAGACGUGCGACGCCUUUUUGAGCUUUUUGGCAACAUCGAAGAGUGCACCAUCCUCAGGGGUCCUGAUGGAAACAGCAAAGGCUGUGCUUUUGUGAAAUACUCCUCCCAUGCUGAGGCCCAGGCAGCCAUCAAUGCCCUCCAUGGAAGUCAGACAAUGCCAGGAGCCUCCUCCAGCCUGGUGGUCAAGUUCGCCGACACAGAUAAAGAGCGCACCAUUCGGCGCAUGCAGCAGAUGGCAGGCCAGAUGGGCAUCUUCAGCCCCAUGGCUCUACAGUUCGGGGCCUACGGAGCCUACGCUCAGGCAGUCCAGCAGCAGGCAGCUCUGAUGGCAUCUGUGGGCCAGGGCGGCUACCUUGGCCCCAUGGCAUCGUUUGCAGCCACUCAGAUGCAGCACAUGGGCACUGUCAAUGGGCUUCCUGGGCCACCCAUGACACCCACCUCAGGCGGCAGUACACCUCCAGGCAUCCCUGUCCCUGCCGUCACCAGCAUUCCUUCUUCCAUCAGUAUGAACGGCUUCACAGGGCUGCCCCCUCCACAGGCCAAUGGCCCAGCCCAUGCCGAGGCUGUCUUCACCAACGGGAUCCACCCCUACCCAGUUUUGCAGGGGAUCCUUUUUAGAGAGGACUCCCAGAAGGGCCAGGUGGGCGUUAACCAGCGGAGUUGUUUUGGGGUUCAGGGGAGCUGCUACUUCUCCCUCGACGAAGCGUCGCAGAGUCCCACAACAGCAGACCCCCUACAGCAAGCGUAUGCUGGAGUCCAGCAAUACGCAGCAGCCUACCCUGCAGCAUAUGGACAGAUCAGUCAGGCCUUUCCCCAAGCUCCCCUGCUCCUUACCCAGCAGCAGAGAGAAGGCCCAGAGGGGUGUAACCUGUUUAUCUACCACCUCCCUCAGGAGUUUGGGGACGGCGAACUCACGCAGAUGUUCCUGCCUUUCGGUAAUGUCAUCUCCGCCAAAGUGUUUGUGGAUCGGGCGACAAACCAAAGUAAAUGCUUUGGCUUUGUGAGUUUUGACAACCCUGCCAGUGCACAGGCAGCCAUUCAGUCCACAAACGGCCUCCAGAUCGGCAUUAAGAGGCUAAAGGUGCAGCUGAAGAGACCAAAGGAUGCAAACCGGCCCUACUAGCCAGCCACAUUUACAGCCUGUUCUACAGCGCAGUGUGAACAGGUAUUGGAAUGCACGCAGAUGAUGUGAAACACAACAAAAUGCUGCUGGUAAUGCUCUCUAUCGGGGCAAAAAUGAACAUAUGAAGACGAAAUAUGGAGAUGGCGUGCAUCUGGGCCUCCUGGCUGGACUUCAGUGAGCAGGAAAUCGAAGGAGAGAGCAGUCCUGUUUCUUGGCGGUGCCAUCGAUCUGUUUCCCCAGCUCCUCCGCUGUUGAAGCCUCUGUUAGGCACUGUCACAGAAGACUUCACCAAUACCAAAAAACUGGCCGGUGCGCAGUGGGCCGAACAAGAAAAGCAUCACCAUCAGACUCAAAUCAGAAAGAGAGCCUUUUGGAGAGCCUUGACAAAGCAAACAUCCUCUCAUGUCUGGAAAAAUAAUACCGUGGAGAAAACAUUAUAGAAGAUACUCGAGGUCAUAAUUGUAGAUGAGUCGAAGUGAGUGUGCUGAUAUAAACCCCGAUUUUGGAUACUCAUCUUCACUUGGAGUGCCUCUCCAUUUCCUGGGGAUGCCAUUGCACAGCAACAUCCAGAGUAAAAUCUCCAUGGAGUAUUUAUUACCUGUCAUUCCUUAUCAGUUUUUAGGGACCAAAGGACUAAUGUUUUUUUAUCGCCUAAAGAUUUCUGCUGUAACUUGGACCCUUAAAUCUCUUCCUGUUUGAAAUACAGUCUGAAUUACAUUUAAAAAGACAAAACCUGUAAAUGUACUAUAUAUAGCUUGCAUUUUGGAAAAAAGAAAAAAAAAAAAACUGCAGCGGUUUCUGCUUUGAUACUCGGUUGUGGGUAAGAUCUCCCCAGAGGGACACAUGCUGCGCUGGUUAACAAUUGCUACUGAGCUCACAUCAAGGUGUAUCUUUUCCUUUCUAUUUCCUACCUUUCUGGGGUUAUGCAGUGCAGGCUGUGAAAUUCAGCUUAACGACCUUACAUUUAAUAGCUUGACACUCGAAAAUAAUAAAAAAAAAAAUAUUCUGAGUACAAGUAUGUAAACAAAAUACCUUGUAUGCGUGUACAGUAAUACAUGAAAAUAUCUAUACAUGAAUAUGUAUAAAAAUGGAUACCUAAAAAUGUAUCUGUGUAUACACAAAUAAAUACACACCGAUGUAUUUAUAGGCACAUAUUUUAACUAAGCGUGUGAGUGUAUAUAAAGCUGCUGUUGAACCUAAUAUGUAUAAACACUUUUUUAAUGUUUUAUCUGGGAUUUUGAACAGUGCUCUGCUAAGCUGAUCAGACUAAAGUGAUACACAGGCAGCUCCCAAAAUGUAAGCAUUCCAUUCUUCAGUAAUAAUAUAUACAUAUAUAUAUUAACUUAACUUUUGUGCGUUAAUGUGAUGUGUAAUGUGAAACAGCAUUAAAACUUCAAAAAAGAUUUUUUUUUCAUCAAGGAGCAGGGGAUCCCUCCUUUACCCUAUUAAGAUCUACACACCAAGUAUUCUCUAUAAUAUAUGUACCCUGAUUUACACAUACACAGAGCACAAAGUGGAUUUGGGACAAUACACACAGAGCACUGAAACCAGCUGUUCCUUAGAGGCUACUUUUCAGUGUUUCUCUGAAAAAAGAGCAUUGUUCGGGAAACCGAGCAUUUACCGUUAUGUAAAGUUCUAAAUUACAGUGUAAAUUUGUAAGACGUUCAAUGAUCCAAAAAUAAGUUCAAUAUUUUGUAUUCACAUUCACAACUGUCGGAUCUCUUUCUGUUUAAUUUUAAAAGAAUAUGUUACAUUAUAUCCCAAUGCACAAUUGAAAUACAGGGGCACGCUACAAGUUUUCCGCAGCAUUACAAAUAUUCUGACUGCAACAGCAAACUUAGCGGCUUUCGGAUUUCCAGUGUCCGGCUCACUGUACCCUCCCGUCGGCCUCGGAGGCCGUGUUGCUGCUUUGUGCUUGCGUUGGGAAGAAAUGCGUUCUUUUUAUGUGUUCUGGUGCGGGAUCCGCUACAAAAAAAUAAUUUUAUCCCGUUGAAUCUGUGAGCAUGUUUUGCUCAGUCUCAAUCAGGACUGUAGUUGUACUUUAAAGAAAAUGGACAGUGCAAAUGAAAGGCAGUGUGAAAACCUCAGCUGAGAAGUUAUAAUGAGAACAUCACUGAAGAAACUGAAUUUACUUCUCAGCAGAAGCUGAUGUAAGUUUCUGUGGGGCAAAAAAUUAUAUUUUUAUUCACAAAACCUAUAAGUAACUACUGUUGAAGUCUACCCAGCAGUGCGGCAGCACUAUAUAGCUGUAGCUAUAUAUACGUGGUUCCCCUGCUUGCGAUGGGGUCACAUUUUGCAAAACCCAUCAUGAGUCGAAAAUAUCAUAAGUCGAACAUGCAUUUAGUACAUCUAACCGUACAUGAAGUAUAGUUUCUACUGAAUGUCUAUCGCCAGCUCCCCAUCGUAAAGUCGAAAAAAUCGGAAGCUGAACCAUCGUAAAUUGGGGAGCACCUGUAUAUAGCUAUAUUCGGAGAAGGAUCUUGCCCAGUAACUGCUGGCUCAGAGUUUAUAGUCAAGUCUUGCCGAGAUGGUUCUCAUUUCGUCCGUGAUGUCAAGUGAUGUUGUUUCUGUUGUUGGUACACGUCUGUGAUUAGACACGGUUUCCAUUUACCUGUGAGCAGCAGCGCAUUGUGCCGGCUGCUCCCUUCUUUAACCUUUCGUUCCUGUUUUUUCAGUAAACAACUUGUGAUUGAAAAGUUAAAAAAAAAAAAA